ACCCACUAACCGCGGCGCAUCCAGCCGUGCAUAAAAGGCACACCCUGCGUGCCAGAGAGCACCGAUCUCUCCACGGUACCAAGCCUUCAUCCGUCUCAACCUUAGCGUAAUCAUCAUCUUUAUAGCUCUCAUUGGCAGCGUGGGCUUAUAGAUUGCGAUGUCGACCAGCAAGGUACAUUCGAGCUUCGUGGAGCAUUCCACGUCCACGCCAUUCACGGCGUCGCGUCUCAACUUGAGCCAGGGCCCGCACGUCACCACCUACAGCACCGUCUCCAGGCUGGGCGGCGUGCGCUCGGGCGGCGGCGGAGGUGGCGGCGGGAUGUCGCGCUCCUCCAGCAGCUUCGGUGGAGGGUUCAGCUGUGGAGGUGGAGCGGCCCUGGGUGGUGGAGGAGGCUACGGCUACGGAGGUGGAGCAGCACUGGGUGGUGGAGGCUUGGGGCUGGGGUUGGGCAGCUUGUCCCUGGGAGGAGGUGGCGGUGGCCUCGGGUUUGGAGGAUACGGUUUGGGAGGAGGAGGUGGCCUCGGGUUUGGAGGCUACGGUUUGGGAGGAGGAGGAGGCGGCGGUGGGCUCGGGUUUGGAGGCGGCAACAUCGGAAACAGCGCCUCGUUCCAGGUGGGACGCUCCGUGGUGUCGGGUGGGAUGCGCGGCACCGCGGGCUCCCUAGGAGGAGUGAGAGCCAUACCACCGAUGAUGACCCGAGAGACGGAGCGGCAGACUCUCCGCACACUCAACGAGAGGUUCGCGACCUACAUCAACAAGGUGCAGCAACUGCAGCACGAGAACGCGAUGCUGGAGGCGCAGCUGCACUCGCUGACGGGCGGCGCGGUCGUGCAGCCCGUGGACACGGAGCAGCCGGGGGAUGCGCAGGCGCGGCUCGUGGAGCUGAGGGGCGUGAUGGACGGGAUGGUGCUGGACAACGUGCGCCUGGAGAUCGAGCUGGACAACCUGCGCGCCUUCGCGCAGGAGGUUAAGGCCAAGUUUGAGUUUGAGGUGGGCGUCAAGUACCAACUGGAGACGGACAUCGGCCACAUGCGCAAGGACCUGGACGGCGCCACCGAGCUGAAGGUUGAGUUGGAGUCCCGGUACAGCAUGCUCAUGGAGGAGCUCGAGUUCCUAAAGCGCUCGCAGGACGAGGAGCUGUCACGUCUGGGUGCAAAGCCCGACAAGGUGGACUCCUCGGCCACGAUCGAGGUGGAUGACGCACGCUCCAUCGACCUGGCCGGGAUGCUGGCGCAGAUGCGGGAUGACUACGAGAGCAUUGCAGCGCGCAACCGCGAGGAGGCUGAGAACUACUUCCGCAGCCAGGUGAGCCAGAUCGAAGCGGAGCAAGUGGAGAAGAGCUCUGCCGUGGAGUCGACACACAGCGAGGUGUCCGUGGUGACCAAGAGCAUGCAGGAGAUGCAGAUGGAGCUGCAGGGGCUGAUGUCCAAGCACAACCAGCUGCAGCAGACGUUUAUGGAAGUCGACGGUCGCUUCCGCUUCGAGAUCUCCAAUGCACAGGGGUCAAUCUCGGACGUAAGCAGCACCCUGGAGCGAUCGCGCAUCGAGCUGCAGCGCCAGCUGGUGGCCUUCCAGGAGCUGCUGGACGUGAAGACGCAGCUCGACGUGGAGAUCGCUACGUACAAACAGCUGUUGGAGGGUGGUGACGUCAGUCUCACCGACACCAUGGACGGGCUCGUGCCGACUUCAUCCAACGUCUCCAUCAAAUACUACAGCAGCGGAGGCUUUGGCAGCAGCUCUGGUAGCCAUUGCAAGCUGGGGUCGUCCAGUAUGAUCUCAGGGGGCAAGGGCGGCGGAUUUUCGUCAAGCAAGAAGGUGCUCAUCAAGACCAUCGAGACGGAGAACGAGAAAGUCGUGUCAGAAAAACACACGGAGAAGUAAAGUUCGGCACUUGAUGUCAUCGGUGCCUGUGGCUUUUUCACAAAAGAAAAACGAAACGAAGCUUACACCAUCGAUCGAGUCACUUCUAACCAUCACUUUCAUUUUUCUCAAAUUUGGCGAUCAAUGAUCGUAGAUGACUGCACACUCAGGUGUGGAUUCUCAUAGAUGUGCUCUCUCCCUGUGUCUGCAGCUGAAAUCGUUUCAAUAAAAUGUUUAAAAGAAAGCAA